AUGAAGUACUUCACAGCACUACCUUUGGCCGCCGCCGCCUUGGCCUCUGCUGAAAUGAUGGUUAUGGAGGUUGCUCCUGCUCCCGCAGCUGACCAGAAAAUUCACACUGUUACUGUUGGUGGAAUGAAGCCUGUUGCGACGGGCAUGGCCCCCAAGCUAGAAUACACUCCCGACAACAUCCAGGCCAACGUCGGCGACAUGGUCGUCUUCGAGUUCUUGCAGAAGAACCACACCGUCACCCAGUCGACUUUUGCUAAGCCCUGCAACAAGAUGGAUGGAGGAAUGGACUCUGGCUUCAUGCCCAACGCAGACGGUAUGCCCGGCGUCACCUGGAACAUGACCGUCGCGACCACCGAGCCGCUCUGGUUCUAUUGCAAGCAAAAGAACGGAUUCCACUGCGGCAAGGGCAUGGUCUUCUCCAUCAACCCCCCUGAGACUGGCGACAAGACGAUGGCCGACUUCAAGACCCUGGCUAUCAAGACCAACGGUACCGACCUUGUAGAAGGCGGUCUUCAAAUUGUCGACCCUGGUGCGGCUGCAGCCCCCUCCACCGUCAGCGUCGUUGCCGGAGGCGGCGAAGCUGCUGCUACCGGGACAGCACCUCCAUCCGCUCCCCCUGCCGCUUCUCCUCCUCCUCCUGCCCAGGUCAUUGCUGGAUCUGGCAUGGACGGCCAGGGCAUUGCUUGCUCAUGCCAGUGCCUGUGCGGCGUGGCAUCCUUCCCCCCUAGUGCGGCUAUCAACAACUUUGGCGGCUUUGCCGGCAUGAUUGCUUAAAUGGUCUAAACGAAAUUGCAAUAAGGUGUAAUGGGUGGUCGGGGUUGGGUGUUUCUAGUCAGGAGAAAGAUAGAGGGGGAAGGAGGCGAGAUUCUUAUGACGAGGUCGGCGAGGGAGGCUUUCCACUUAGGGGCUUCCUUGUUUUUUCUCGCUGGCCUCUUUAUAUUAUUUUAUCAUUUGCUAGGGCGUUUG